AUGCAGUCGUAUUGGGCACCGCUCUUCCCUAACACUGCCGUGGAAAAGCAGGGGGUGCAUUCCUUGUACAGCGAUUAUGCACAUAUAUUUGACUUGUCAUCGGAGAAUACAAGCCUGGGCAGCUACAUCGUUCCUAAAGUGGGGCACCUGGCUGUCUUGUUGAAACGUUCUGCCCUCCUUACUGGAAGCGCAUUUUUUACCAUUGCCAUCCGCUACAGAGCUCUGCUGGACAGAUGGAUACUGCAAAAAUGCGCCGUCUCCCAUUCCCAGGGUGCACCUGUUCAGUCCACCAUGAUGUUGCGAUCCUGUUGGCAGUGUAGAUCCCUGCCUUUGUUUGUUGGCAUUGGUGUUCUAAUGACAAGGCUCUGUAGUUACAUUACCAUUCAGAGUCAUAACAAUAAUCGGCAAGUCAUCCGCGGCAUUGAAGCUAACCUUCAGGGUGAUUCGAUCAUUGAGAGUAACAAGUUGUGCAAUCAGCAAUCCGUCCUUCCAAGUUUGCUUGGCAGCAAGCAUGAUUAUGUCCGUUUGCUGCUUCAUUUUAUUUGUAGCACCGCCAUUUUUAAGGCGUAUACGGCGCCAAAGGUGACCAGCCUCAAGGAGAGGAGCACACGAAAGAAUUAUGAUUUCAGCGCGCUUCGGAGCAUCGUGGCAAGAAAUGGACAUUAUCUGACUUUUAUUGGAGCGCUGGUGACUCUGCAGAUAUUUCUGCAGAUGAACAGAGUGAACACUACCACUUCACUGUUACCAAUGCUGAUUCAGACAACAAGUUCCAGGAGCAAAGCUGCGGUUUUCAGCAAGAUGGUGAUAAUAUUGGUGAACUCAUGCAGCAUUCUUGGAUCCGCUUUCACGACAAAACAUCACGGUCGCGCGGCAACGUUAACCGUCAGCAUUGUUCUAAUGGUAUUUUGCCAGAUGGCGAUUCCAUUGAUCGUCGAGUUCCACAUCGGGUUUGGCGGCGCAAGCCGAAUGCCGAGAGGGUACACCGCUGCCAUGUUCUUGCUCACCUGCGUCGUCUCCUGCGGCCUCAGUUGGUCAUGGGGUUCCAUGUUCUGGACCUUUCCCGGCAAGAAGAAGGUCCACUCAGCUGGUCAUCUCUUGGGCAUGGCUCUGAAUUUGGCCCUCUGCUACGCCCAGAUGCAGUACUUCCUGAUGAUGCUGUGGCGGCUGAAGAACGCCAUCCUUGCCUACUAUGCCAUGUGGAUUUGGUCGUGA